UAAAAUGAUUAAGCUGCAAGUGAAAAUAAUUCUAUGGAUUUUUAUAAUUUGGGCAAGACGUUUAUGUGGCGCGCAAAUUGAAAGCAUAAAUUCCAAUGAGCUGCUCGCCUUCGAGGACUUCCUGCGUGCCCAGCACUUGCAGCAUGCGCUGCUCCUCGGCAACUGCAGCGGCCAAAUUGAAAACUAUAAGAGAUUGUUCGCCAACUACAGAUUGCAGUUUUUUACGCCCCAAAGGGGCGUUCAGUUCCGGGAAUUGUUUUACCACGCGGCGCCACGUACAGCGCUGCUGGUGCCGGCCCUCGGGGACGAGCAGACCAAGCGCUGGAUCUACGAGCCGGCCUCCGCGGAGGGUUUCUUCAACAACAGCCAGGCCUGGCUGCUGCUCGGCAACAGCGAAGCGAAUCGCUCAGACGACCCGAUCAUUAGGCAGCACUUGUCUCCGUACAACAUAAAUAUCGAUGCUGACAUAACCGUGGCAAUGCGAGCGCGGGGGGCGGCCAACCAAAGCUGGUUGCUAUACGAUGUCUACCGAGUGAGCAAGCAGACGCCGCUAAUGGUGCAGCUCAAGGGGCACUGGAGUCGAGCUGAUGGCUAUCAGGUCCUGGCGAGCUUUGGAGAGAGCUGGAUACGGCGCCGCCGAAACCUGCACAACAUUACGCUAAUAGGCAGCACUGCGUUAGUCGAGAAACCUGCAGACAUGGACGAUCUGAGCUACCUGGGCAACGAUAGGGAGCUGCUGCAGCUGGAUCCCAUGCAGCGCAAGACGUACCAACUCUUUCUGCUGAUAGGCCGCAUGUACAACAUGAGCUUGCAGGUGCUCUUUCGCGACACCUGGGGCCAGCUGCUGCCCAACGGCAGCUGGUCGGGCGUGAUUGGCCACAUAGUCAGCGGCGAGGCAGACUUCUCCGUGUGCCCCAUCCGAUUCGUGUCCGAGAGGAAUCACUAUAUACAGUACACGCCCCCACUGCACACCCAGCUCAUCCACUUUCUGUUCCGCCAUCCGCGCCGCAACAGCAUUCGCAACAUUUUCUUCGAGCCGCUGAGCACCGAGGUGUGGUGGUGCGUCCUGGUGCUGAUGGUGGGCAGCGCCCUCUUGCUGGUGCUUCACAUGCGACAGGAGCGGCGACUGCUGCAGCCAGCGGGGCAGGCCAUGGAGCGGCCCGUGUCCUUUGUGUGGUUCACCAUACUGGAGACGUACUUGCAGCAGGGCCCCGCCGCGGAUCAGUUCCGGCUGCCGUCGACCCGGCUGCUGAUUAGCGCCAGCUGCAUCUUCAGCUUCAUGCUGAUGCAGUUCUACGGCGCCUUCAUUGUGGGCUCCCUGCUGUCGGAUACACCGCGGAGCAUUGUCAAUCUGCAGGCGCUGUACGAGAGCGACCUGGAGAUUGGCAUGGAGGACAUUGCCUACAACUUUGAGCUGUUUACCAACACUACAAACCGGCUGGUGCGCGACAUCUACAGCCAGCGCAUCUGCCGCGCUCGUCCACCCAAUAUCCUCACCAUCGAGGAGGGAGCGCAGCGCAUCAGGCGCGGCGGCUUCGCCUUCCACACGGCCAUUGAUCGCCUCUAUCGCCUGCUCAACGAGCUGCUGGACGAGCGGCUCUUCUGCGAGCUGCAGGAGAUCAUGUUCAACCCGCCCUACCUGAGCGCCUCCAUUUUGGCCAAGAGCUCGCCCUGGCGCGAGCAUCUCAAUCAUGCCAUUCUCUACCUGAGCGAGACGGGGCUGAUUGCCUAUAAUGACCGACUCUGGACUAUGCCGCGGCCCGACUGCACGCUCUUCAAGGACGCCCAGGUGGAGGUGGACCUCAAGCACUUUGCGCCCGCGCUCUUCACCCUGCUCCUGGCCAUGCUGGUCAGCGCGUCGGUGUUUCUGCUGGAGCUGCUCUGCGGCUACCUCAAGGCACGGGCCAAGCAGCAAGCCAGCCAGAAGGUGGAUAAGGCUAUGGUUUUGCACCCUUAA